AUGUCGUCCAAGGCGCUUCACAAUGAACACAUUAAACGACCCAUGAACGCGUUUAUGGUGUGGUCCAGGGGGCAACGCCGGAAAAUGGCACAGGAGAAUCCGAAAAUGCACAAUUCCGAGAUUUCUAAACGACUGGGAGCUGAGUGGAAACUUCUCAGCGAGAGCGAGAAGCGCCCAUUCAUCGACGAGGCCAAAAGAUUGCGGGCGCUGCACAUGAAGGAGCACCCGGACUACAAGUACCGACCUCGGAGGAAACCGAAAUCGCUGGUAAAAAAGGAGAACAAAUUCGGGUUCUCCCUGUCGCCGCUGAUGUCCCCAGGGGACACCCUGAGCAACAUCUCCAGAGGUCUCCUACCGCCCCUGGUCCCUCCUGCCCACCACCCCCUGGUAUCCCACGAGGACCUAAAAAUCCCGCGUUUCUUCCCUCCAUUCCCCUACCCACUCUACCCCUUGCAGCAUAAACUAGGAGAUGACCUAAAUGGAGGCAAACUGGCUGCCGACCUGGCCCUGCAGGCGAUAUACGGAAGUACGUUCUACUCCCAAGCUGCAGCUGCAGCUGCAUGGCCGCCGAUUCUGCCCAGCCCGACCUGCAUUCAGCCAAACUGCGGCUGUCCAAGUCCUCCGAAGGACCCCAAAAGGUCUCCUUUCCUGAUGGGAGGCAAACCCGAGGACGAGGACGAGGACCGAUUCGGGUCCAGGGUGGCCAGGGAGUCGGAGGGCGAGAACAGGGACGAGCGGUACCGGAAGCUGGAGGAGGCCUUUUCCGGGGCGGAGAGCAAAUUCAGACCAGAGGAGAAGGCGGAUGACAGGAGAUUCUUCGCCGAGAGGUUCGAUAAAUUCCCACAGGUCCCCAGGAAGCAGGACACUGCGUUCUCCGUUCAGAGUCUGACUGGGGGGGCUGGGACCAACAGGAGUCAUGUCAUAUGA